AUGUUUCCUACAUCCAUAUCUUGUUUGGUGGCCCUGUCUUUGUUGAGCAAGGGUCUACUAGCUCAGAAUCAACCGGAUAAUGUCAUCACUGAUGAUACUUACUUCUACGGUCAAUCGCCAGCGGUUUAUCCUACACCGGAACAGGUAGACACAGGAUCAUGGGCUGCCGCUGUAGCCAAGGCCAAGAACUUGGUAUCCCAGUUAACUCUUGAAGAAAAGGUCAACUUGACAGCAGGAGGCCAGACAACUACCGGUUGUUCGGGCUUCAUCCCCGGCAUUCCUCGUGUUGGCUUCCCUGGGCUGUGCUUAGCAGAUGCUGGUAACGGAGUCCGAAACACAGAUUAUGUGAGCUCAUUUCCUUCAGGAAUCCAUGUCGGUGCAAGCUGGAAUCCUGAAUUGACUUACAGCCGGAGCUACUACAUGGGUGCCGAGGCUAAAGCAAAAGGCGUCAAUAUCUUGCUUGGUCCAGUGUUUGGACCUUUGGGCCGAGUAGUUGAAGGCGGUCGCAAUUGGGAAGGUUUCUCCAAUGAUCCGUACCUUGCAGGCAGGCUGGGACAUGAGGCCGUCGCUGGUAUCCAGGAUGCAGGAGUUGUUGCGUGCGGGAAGCAUUUCCUGGCUCAGGAGCAAGAGACUCAUAGACUUGCCGCAUCAGUCACUGGGGCCGAAGCUAUUUCAUCGAACCUCGAUGACAAGACACUCCAUGAGUUAUACCUUUGGCCCUUCGCCGAUGCGGUCCAUGCCGGACUCGCCAGCGUGAUGUGCAGCUACAACAGGGCCAACAACUCACAUGCCUGCCAGAACUCCAAGCUUCUCAAUGGCCUUCUGAAGGGCGAACUGGGCUUCCAGGGUUUUGUCGUCUCCGACUGGGGAGCGCAACAAUCUGGUAUGGCUUCAGCGUUGGCUGGCCUGGAUGUUGCAAUGCCCAGCUCGAUUGUGUGGGCUGCCAACCUGACCCUUGGUGUGAAUAAUGGAACUAUUCCUGAAUCACAAGUCGACAACAUGGUUACAAGAAUUCUUGCAACUUGGUACCAGUUGAAUCAGGACCAAGACACUGAAGCUCCUGGUCACGGGCUGGCUGCCAAUCUUUGGGCCCCUCACCCGGUAGUCGACGCUCGUAACGCGAGCUCCAAGCCUACACUUUGGGACGGUGCCGUCGAAGGCCACGUUCUGGUCAAGAACACCAACAAUGCACUGCCACUCAAGUCCGACAUGAAGCUCGUCUCUUUGUUUGGAUAUUCCCACAAAGCCUCAGACAAGAACACCCCAGAGCCCGCCCAAGCCAUGUUCUCCCCCUGGUCUGUCGGUGUUCAGUCCGCAAACCUUACCGAGUUGAACACCGGCUUUCUUGGAAACCUAAGCCUCACAUACUCAGCCAUUGCACCCAACGGAACCAUAAUUUCAGGUGGAGGUUCUGGUGCUAACGCAUGGAGUUCGUUCAGCUCGCCUUUCGACGCUUUCGUUACCCGCGCGAGAAAGGACGGCACUGCGCUUUUCUGGGAUUUCGAAAGCUGGGAUCCUGUCGUCAAUCCUACUUCUGAAGCUUGCAUAGUUGCUGGUAAUGCAUGGGCCAGUGAAGGCUGGGACAGACCUGCUACCUAUGAUGCUUAUACUGAUGAGCUCAUUAAUAACGUUGCCGACAAGUGCGCAAAUACCAUCGUGGUUCUUCACAACGCGGGCACGCGCCUGGUGGAUGGCUUUAUUAGUCACCCCAAUGUCACCGCUGUUAUCUUCGCACAUCUUCCGGGUCAGGACAGUGGAGAUGCUCUUGUGUCGUUGCUUUACGGCGACGAGAACCCAUCAGGUCGCCUCCCGUACACCGUUGCCCGCAACGAGACGGACUAUGGUGGCUUGCUGAAGCCAGACUUGACUCUUGCCCCAGACCAGUACCAAUACUUCCCUCAAUCCGACUUUGCGGAAGGUGUUUUCAUUGAUUACCGACAUUUCGAUGCCAAAAACAUCACGCCUCGCUUCGAGUUUGGCUUUGGCCUGAGUUACACAAGCUUUGAGUACACCGAUCUUCAAAUCUCCAACUCCCAGGCCCAGACUCAGGAAUACCCAACUGGUACUCUGACCGAGGGAGGGCGUUCAGAUUUGUGGGAUGUAGUUGCUACUGUGACAGCAAACGUCGGCAAUACCGGGGCUGUUGACGGCAAAGAGGUUGCGCAGGUCUACGUUGGAAUUCCCGGUGAUGGUCCUGUGAGACAGCUGCGUGGGUUUACGAAGCCAUCUAUCAAGGCUGGAGAGACUGUUGGUGUGACAUUUGAGCUCACCCGUCGGGACUUGAGUGUCUGGGAUGUUAGUGCGCAGGAGUGGCAACUUCAGCAGGGUAACUACACUAUCUCUGUCGGACGAAGUAGCCGAGAUCUACCUUUACAGGGAACCCUUUGCAUUGGGUCAUGA